AUGGCGGUGUAUACGGCAGCGGCGGCCGUGUUGGCCGGCGUGGAGAGCCGCCAGGGUUCGCUCAAGGGGCUGGUGUAUGCAAGCAACUUCCAGAACGUGAAGCAGCUGUACGCGCUGGUGUGCGAGACGCAGCGCUACUCCGCGGUGCUGGACGCCGUGAUCGCCAACGCCGGCCUCCUGCGAGCCGAGAAGAAGCUGCGGCCGCACCUGGCCAAGGUGCUAGUAUAUGACUUACUGCUGGGGAAAGGCUUUAGAGGGCGCGGGGGCCGAUGGAAACCUCUGCUGGAGCGGCACCAGGCCAGGCUGAAGGCUGAGUUGGCCCGGCUCAAGGUUCGUCAAGGUGUGAGCCGGAACGAGGACCUGUUGGAAGUUGGAUCCAAGCCUGGCUCAGCCUCCCAGGUGCCUCGAUUUGUGCGAGUGAACACUCUGAAGACCUGCACUGAAGAUGCCAUUGAUUACUUUAAGAGACAAGGUUUCUCCUACCAGGGUCGGGCUUCCGGCCUCGAGGACAUCAGGGCCCUCAAAGGGAAGUGUUUUCUCCUGGAUCCCUUGCUGCCAGAGUUGCUUGUGUUUCCUGCCCAAACAGAUCUGCAUGACCAUCCACUGUACCAAGCCGGUCACCUCAUCCUACAAGACAAGGCGAGCUGUCUCCCGGCCAUGCUGCUGGCUCCGCCCCCAGGGUCCCACGUCAUUGAUGCCUGCGCUGCCCCGGGCAAUAAGACCAGUCACCUGGCUGCUCUUCUCCAGAACCAAGGGAAGAUCUUCGCCUUUGACCAGGAUGCCAAGCGGCUGGCAUCUAUGGCUACCCUGCUGGCCCGAGCAGGGGUCUCCUGCUGCGAGCUGGCCGAGCAGGACUUCCUGGCGGUCUCGCCCUCGGACCAGCGUUAUUGUCAGGUCCAGUACAUCUUGCUGGAUCCCUCCUGUAGUGGCUCUGGGAUGCCCAGCAGACAGCUGGAGGAGCCCAAGGCUGGCACGCCGAGCCCAGAGCGCCUGCGAGCGCUGGCCGCCUUCCAGCAGCGGGCACUGAGCCACGCGCUCAUGUUCCCUGCCCUGCGACGCCUCGUCUACUCCACGUGCUCCGUCUGCCAGGAGGAGAACGAAGACGUGGUGCGAGCCGCUCUGCAGCAGAGCCCAGGCGCCUUCAGGCUGGCUCCUGUCCUCCCCUCCUGGCCACACCGAGGCCUGGGCGCUUUUCCAGGCGUUGAACACUGCCUCCGGGCCUCUCCCGAGACCACGCUCACUGGGGGCUUCUUCAUCGCGGUGCUUGAACGGGCAGAGGUGCCGAGCUCCGUCUCACAGGCUGAAGCACCAGUCUCAGAGCUGACACUCGGCCCCGCCCCAAAGAGGAGGAAGAGGCGGCGAAAAGCGACGGCUGCCCCCAGCACACAGCCCGGCACAUAG